AUGUAUAGAAUGGGAAAUAACCCGAAUAACAUAGCUACCUAUAAGUAAACAUUAAAAUCAAUUAUUUAUUCAUGUAGUAAAAUAAGAGAAAUUCUCUUGACUUAUCCAGAAUUCUAACACUACAUUGAUUAGCCUUUGGAAGGUUCUGAAUCUAAAAAUCUCAUAAUUGAAAACCCUAAGUUUUAGCCUUUCAGUUUCACUGAAGCAGGCAUGACUGGCAAACUAGAUGAAAAAAGAACUAGAUAUUCAUUCGACUGCGCCUUCAAAGACUUAAGUAAAAAUGCAAGUGGGAAGGUCCAUUCAUUAAUAAUUUUCAAUGAGAAAAAUGAGGCCUAUUUCGAGGUACUAACUGUGUUCUUUGAUUCGCCAGUUGAAAAGACUAUUAGAAUACAAGAGAGUGAGUUCACUGAAGGAUUUCGUGAGUUAUCUAAAUUUAAUAGACCAGGUAAAGGUUACUCUGAGGAAAAACCAAAAGAAAGGCCAAAAUCUAAUUUUAGACAGUAUUGA